UCCGUCGGCGGCCCCGGUUGUUCUAGUUUGACAAGUGGUCAGUCUGCUCCAGCAGCAGGAAGAGCCGAGCGUGUCAUGAAGAUGGCGAACGUGGUGCUCGAGUUCAAGGUUUCUGCCGGGGACUCCGAGCCGCAGAGCCGGCCGGUGCUGAUCCUGGGCCAGCAGGCCAACUUGCAGCAGGUGAACUGGAGCCAAGUGAGAGGAAAGCUGCAGCCCGCCGUCAGCAAAGAGAUCUGGCAGGCGGCUGUGAAUGCUCUGAAACCAAAUCCAACAGACAGCUGUCCCCUGUACCUCAACCAUGCUGUGGUGGCUUCUCUUCCUUUCCGCCUGAGCCGCCACAACAGUCCGUCUGCUGCUCACUUCGUGUCCCGCCUGGUGCGCUCCUGUAUGCCUGGAGGAAACAACCGCUGCAUUGUGAUGGUGUGUGAGCGUUCCGAGGUGUUUGCUUCCGCCUGUGCCAUCGCCAGAGCUUUUCCUAUUUUUUCCCGCCGCUCCUCAUCCUCCUCCAGGACUGAGAAGAAACAUGUGACUGUUGAGUUUCUGAUUGUGGGCCAAGACAGCAGCCAAUUGGAUGCUUCAGACUUGAAGUGUCUCUCCAACGCGGCGGAUGGCGUUCAGCUGGCAGCUCGCAUCGUGGACACUCCCUGCAAUGAGAUGAACACGGAUCAUUUCUUAGACGAAAUCAAAGUGGUGGGAAGUGAGCUGGGAAUCACUCCAGUGAUCAUUCGAGGAGAGGAGCUUAAACAAAAAGGCUUCGGUGGUAUCUACGGGGUCGGCAAGGCCGCGGAGCAUCCUCCUGCACUCGCAGUUUUGAGCCACAAGCCAGAGGGGGCGACGCAGACCAUCGCCUGGGUGGGCAAGGGAAUCGUGUACGACACUGGAGGCCUGAGCAUCAAGGGAAAGACUACGAUGCCAGGCAUGAAGAGGGACUGUGGUGGGGCUGCUGCCAUCUUGGGUGCCUUCAGGGCCACAGUUAAACAGGGCUUCAAUGACAAUCUUCACGCAGUCUUCUGCCUUGCUGAGAACUCGGUGGGACCCACAGCCACCCGCCCAGACGACAUCCACACGCUGUACUCCGGAAAGACAGUGGAGAUCAACAAUACUGAUGCCGAGGGCCGACUGGUGCUGGCUGACGGCGUGGCCUACGCCAGCAAGGACUUGUCGGCCGAUAUCGUCCUUGACAUGGCCACGCUGACCGGAGCCCAGGGCAUCUCCACAGGGAAGUUCCACGCGGCCGUGAUGUCCAACAGCGAGCAGUGGGAGGCAGCGUGCGUGCGCGCUGGCCGCAGCAGCGGAGACUUGGCGCACCCGCUGGUCUACUGUCCCGAGAUGCACUUCAGCGAGUUCACAUCGGCUGUGGCUGACAUGAAGAACUCAGUGGCAGACCGAGAGAACGCUCAGAGCUCCUGCGCCGGCCUCUUCAUCAACUCCCACCUGGGAUUCGACUGGCCUGGUGUUUGGGUCCACGUGGACAUCGCCUCCCCUGUUCAUGCGGGGGAGCGAGCCACAGGGUUCGGGGUGGCGCUGCUGAUGGCGCUGUUCGGCCAGGCGUCGGACGACGGCCUACUGAAGCGAGUGUCUCCGCUGGGAGCAGCCACCAACAUGCCGGACGAGCAGAUGGAGCAAGACUGCAAGAGGAGACGGCUGGUCUAGAUCCUGAUCCCAGAAACCCACCACUGACCCCGGUCUCUCAAACUGCUGCUGCCAGCUUGAGUCUCUGAACCUGGUUCAGACUCGUGACAGCGUUUCCUCACCAUGUUUAUCGCUCAAUUGGAUCCUUAAUGAGUCAGUGUUGAAUUAGAUUCAGUAGCUAUGCAACGUCUUUGUAACUGAUUCCAUAACGGAGAAUAAACCAAUAAAUACUGCCGUAUCAUG